AUGGAAGACUGGAACAUACCGGAACAAAAAAUAAAGUUAGAAUACCAUGUUAAAUACAAUCCCUUGGAUUUUGCACCUGUGCAGGCGGAAGCUGAAUAUCAAGAAACACUUUUUUUGAAGAAGGCUGCGACAGGUAAGCCACCAUGGGAUUUAUCACGAGCUGGUCCUGCAUGUGCAAUGUUGGAGAUACAACGAGAAAAAGAAUCAGCUCAGAUGUAUUUAGAUGAAACAAGACGCAGGGAAGCAAUAAUGACACGAAAGUUUAAAUCGCAAUAUGAAGAAUUUCUGAUAGCUGAACAAGAACUCAGAAAACACUUUCUGCGGUUCAACAAAUUUGUAAAAGAAAACAAGGACAAGAUUGAAAGAGCUCAAAGAAAGUAUGAAACCGAAACAAUAGUACACGAUGCUCUCCUUUCUGAUGUUGCAGAGCUGAACAAUCAGGUGGAAUUUUAUAAUCAUGUCAAGAGUGUUUUGUUAAGACAUAUUGAAAAAUACAGGGCCUAUGAGAAAUACCUAGAAGAUGUUGUAGAGAUAUCGCCCAAUCUCCACAGCAUUGCUGAUACUCAUAAGCGUUAUCAGGCAUUGGUUUCAGCAAGAGAAGAGAUUGCUAUAUCCCAGCAAAGAAACAUGCGAGAAUUGGAAAAAACUCGAAAUGAAGUUGGCCUACUGGCAGCCGAGAAGAACUCAAAAAUAAUCAGCCUAAAUACAGCAUUGGCACAAAUGGAUAAACGCUAUCAAGAUGUGAAGUACGAGUCUCAAAUUUGGGAGUCAAGAAUAGUCAGAAUAAAAGAUUUGGUUUACUCAAAAGAAUCUGAAAUAUUUAUUGUCAAAGAUUUAUUUUGGGACAUGUAUGUGGAACUAAUGAAACGAAGAAACAGAAGUGGUGCAGUUCGCCAACCUAUGGCAGAUCGCGAAGACACAGAAUCCCAUCUCAAAUUUAUACAAAUGGCCAUCAACGAAAUUCGUAUGAUUGUGGAAUUGGCCAAGGUAAGUGAGAGAGAAGAGCGUUUGCUGCUGGAAAAGGCUGAAGCUGAAAAAAGUCGAUUAGAAGCCCUGGCUUUAUUACAAGAUAAUGAGCAAGGCAGUGAUGAAAAGGCUCGAGAUGGCGUGGUAUCAUCCCAAGCAACAUGA